UAUCCACGUUGUUAAAUGGUUUACUCUCAUAUCAAUAUCGACAGGAAUUGUCGAAUGAAAGUUUUAUAUCGAAAAAUGGUGAGGAUAUAAAUGCAAAGGCUGUUUCUUUGAUUUAAUGCUGUUAUCAUCAUUGUCAUCGCCCUUGUUACCAAGUACGAUCUUGACCUCAAUGACCUCAACGGCUCCUCAGGUUUGGGAGUGGGGUUAGAGUGUAAGUGGGAGUUUGGGGAGGCAAAUUGUUUCGAGGCAGCCAUGUGGCUUCUGAUGUAUAGUUGCCUUGCAAUAUUGUCGGCAACGCAACAAUCGCAAACAGAUUUAGCUACAACUACGGAGAAAGUAACGACCGCGAAAGUAGCGACAAAAAAGGUCGGGACGGCAAAGCGUUUCGGACCUACUGAUUCGCCUAUGCUCAACUACAUAUUCGAUUCCCAUAGCAGCCAUAAUAAACACCAACACUUCCACGAUCAUCAUUGGGGUCCACAUUUCGAGGGUAAAAGCACAAACAUAACAGCACAAGCCGGGGCCAAUGUUACACUGGAUUGCCGAAUUUCACUUUUACAGGAUAAAACUGUGUCCUGGGUGAGACGACAAGACAACGGUGAGAAGAUGAACUUGUUGACGGUGGGGCAACAGACGUAUACCGGGGACUCGAGGUACACCGUGGAAUUUCAGUAUCCGGACAACUGGCGCCUUCAAAUCAAGAGCGUCAACAGCAGUGACGAGGGUCAGUAUGAGUGCCAGAUCAGUACACACCCGCCCAGGUUCAUUCACGUUAAUCUACACAUUAACGAACAUGAAUCUAUAUGA